UAUCUAGCUUAGCUUUGAUUUUCAUUUUCAAGUCAAAAUCAAAAACAACCUCACUCAACUUUCACUUCCUCUUUCACACGAAAUAUUGCCAAAAAGACAAGUAUUGGGCAUCAAGCAAAUUGGAUUACGUUUCAAAUUGCAUCCGGAGUUAAAGUGAAUCAUAUUAAAUGAAACUCAUCGAAGAUACUGGAAAAAGCUGUCAAACAAAAGUGCCGCUGUCAAUCUCCCUUGUUCAAGAGCUGGGACAGCGUUUCGAUGCAAAAAUUAUGCCAGUAAAAGUAGAUAUAACUCCUCCGCCGCCGGCCAACUCCAAGCAGCCAGGGGUGACCAAGUCCCUGCUGUACAACGGCUCCAAGUUCCAAGGACACCAGAAGUCCAAGGGGAACUCAUACGAGGUGGAGGUGGUGCUGCAGCAUGUGGAUGAAGCAAAUUCAUAUCUGUGUGGAUAUUUAAAGAUCAAAGGUCUAACAGAAGAGUUUCCAACACUGACAACCUUUUUUGAUGGUGAGAUUAUAUCAGCCAAAUAUCCAUUUCUCACAAGGAAAUGGGAUGCAGAUGAAGAUGUAGACAGAAAACAUUGGAGUAAAUUUGACUUGUUUGUGCCGUACUUGAAGACUUUCAACUCUGACUCGUUUGACUAUGAGUCCCUGGAGAAGGCGGACUACGUGUUCAUGCGGUGGAAGGAGCACUUCCUGGUGCCGGAUCACACAAUAAGGGAUAUAAAUGGUGCUUCAUUCGCUGGCUUCUACUACAUCUGCUUCCACAAAUCCGCAGCCACCAUCGAGGGCUACUACUACCAUCGGAGUUCGGAAUGGUACCAGUCCCUGACGCUGAGCCACGUGCCAGAGCACAGCAUCCAGAUCUAUGAGUUCAGAUGAAGCCGUUGUUGUGUGAACUUUGUGUCUGCUUGUAUGUACUUACUUGUUCCAGUUAAGUCUAAAACCUGAUUACAUCUAAAGCAACUCAAUCUUAAGUUUUAUGACAUAUCUUAAGUUUAAAUUACGUCAGUGGAAAUGCUAUAGUGAUUUUGUUAGGAACUACAUGAUGUGUAGAAAUAUGGUGUAGUAUGAAUGUAGCUAUGUACAUACUGUGUAAACUGUGUCUGUACCACGUCUCCCGCCCGCCGGUGCCUCGGCCCGCCCCGCGCGCUGCAGGCGCCGCGCUGAAUACUCAUUACAGUUUUGUUUAGUAAUUUAAUGAAUUUUAAUAAUCUUGAAUGUAACAUCAGCUUUGUAAUAUCAUCAGCCAUUAUUGUAAAGUAUUCUUGUAUUGUGAUAUUUUGUACAAAUUACUUGUAUUUUUGUAGGUGUUAACUCUUUAGUUGCAUAAUUAUUGUUAUUGUAGUUGUUUGAGGGUGGACGGCGGGGCAGAGUGUGAGCAAGUACAGUCUCUCAUUUGAACAAGUAAAUAUAUUCAAUUUUUCAAAUUAAUUUGGUAAACGUGAUUUCAUAUGGAUGUUAUCUGAAUGUUAAAUUGAUUUCUUUUUUCAAUAAAAUAUAUGCAAUGAA